CUACUCUUUGUGGCGGCCCCUGUCUUUUUGUCGGAGGCCGGUCUCCUCGCUCGCUCGCGCUUCGGUCCGACGGUCGCUCGGUCCCUCCUCGGUCCCGAGGCCUGUCUGCUAGUGCGCGCCCCGCCCCGGGGGGGGGGAGCCGCAGGCCUUCGCCCAGAGGAGUGUGUGACCGCGAUGGGGCGUGUGUGUGACCGCGAUGGGGCGUGAGCCAGCACGGCCGUGGUGCAUUUGCUGAGCCCGCCGGAGCCCGACCGGGGGCCGGGAGGGAGCUCCGUGCGCGGGAUCGUGCAGCCGGGAGUGCCGAUGCGUCCCGGGAGGCUCCCUGCAGGCCGCUGAGCCCCAGAAGCAAGAUUCGCCCUCUGGACCUGACCUCGGGGCGGGGAGACCACAGAGCUGCCCCCUUCUCUGGGGGACGCAGCCAAGGCACGCAAUGGAGACCAUGGCCCCGAAGCCCCAAGAGACAGCUCUUUCCUCUCAGGACCUCACUCUCUCCCUCAAAGAGAAUCCGGAUGAUACAUUGGGCUGGAAUCUCCUGGAAGCCAGGUCGGAGGAGUCAGUGACUUUCAAGGAUGUGGCCGUGGACUUCACUCAGGAGGAAUGGGGUCAGCUGGACUCCCCCCAGAGGGCCCUGUACCGGGACGUGAUGCUGGAGAACUACCAGAACCUUCUCGCACUUGCGGGGCGUCCGGUCCACAAGCCAGAUGUGAUCUCCCACCUGGAACGGGGCGAGGAGCCGUGGCAGGUGCAGACGACGGUGCCCGGAGCCGCUGGUCCAGAAUGGGAGCCGAGGCCCGGCCUGAAGGAGCAGUGCCCUGGGCAGCAGGGUGUUUGCACAGAGGACCCACCGCAGGGGCUGCUCCUGGAGUGGCCGCGGAUGAAGUCCAAUCUUCCCAGCACCAACCUGGGCGGAUCGUGCGCCUGGGAGGACCCGGCGGAUCCCCAGUGGAGAAGCGAGGCCACGCUCUGGAGCCACGUGUCUACCGCCCAGGGGGACAUCUCCAUGGAGGAGGGCUCUGGGGGACACCUCCGGUUCAAGGAGGAGUCCCCACUCCAGUGCACCCUCUUGGCCCAGCCGAGCAUCCCCAUCAGGGCUGUCCAGUCUCCCAAGGGUGUCGCCAGAGACCACCAGGGACCGCGCGCAGGGCAGAGCCCUUUCAAGUCAAGCGCGCUCAGGAAACCCGCGCAGGCGCAGGCGCACCGGCGGCCAGGGGUGGGCCCCGGGGACGGGCUGUUCGUGUGCGCUGAGUGUGGGAAAGCCUUCCCCCAGAGCGCGUCCCUCGCGCUGCACCGGCGCUGGCACACCCGGGAGAAGGCGUACAAGUGCGGCGAGUGCGGCAAGGCCUUCACGUGGAGCACCAACCUCCUGGAGCACCAGCGGAUCCACACGGGCGAGAAGCCCUUCUUCUGCGGCGAGUGCGGGAAGGCCUUCAGCUGCCACUCGUCCCUCAACGUGCACCACAGGACCCACACCGGGGAGCGGCCGUACAAGUGCAGCGCCUGCGAGAAGGCCUUCAGCUGCAGCUCGCUGCUCAACAUGCACCUGCGCGUGCACACGGGCGAGAAGCCCUACCAGUGCGCCGACUGCGGCAAGGCCUUCAACCAGCGGACGCACCUGACCCCCUGCACCCAGCGGACGCACCUGACCCGCCACCGCAGGAUCCACACGGGCGAGAAGCCCUACAAGUGCCCGGAGUGCGGGAAGGCCUUCACCUGCCACUCGUCCCUCACGGUGCACGAGAAGAUCCACAGGGGCGACAAGCCGUUCAAGUGCGGCGAGUGCGAGAAGGCCUUCAACCACCGCUCCCGCCUGGCGCUGCACCAGCGCGUGCACACGGGCGAGAAGCCGUUCAAGUGCGCCGACUGCGGCAAGGCCUUCAGCUGCCACUCGUACCUGGUGGUGCACCAGCGGAUCCACAGCGGGGAGAAGCCCUUCCGCUGCAACGAGUGCGGCAAGGCCUUUAGCUCUCACUCCUACCUCAUCGUGCACCAGCGGGUCCACACCGGGGAGAAGCCCUUCGACUGCAGCCGCUGCUGGAAGGCCUUCAGCUGCCACUCGUCCCUCAUCGUGCACCGGCGCGUCCACACCGGGGAGAAGCCCUACAAGUGCCGCGAGUGCGGUAAGGCCUUCAGCCAGAACCACUGCCUCAUCAAACAUCAGAAAGUCCACUCCGGGGAGAAGUCGUUCCCCUGCGCCCAGUGCGGCCAGGUGUUCCCCUGGCACUCGCAGCUGGCGGAGCACCGGAGGCUGCACAGGGAGGAGAAGCCCUUUGCCCUCCAGUUCAACAAACACUUACUGAGCUCCUACUACGCGCCCGGCGGGCUGCUGGGUGCGGGAGAGACGGGGGUGAGUGACUCGGGGGCGGUAAACGCCCUGGACGUGGCUGAGCUUCUCCUUGUCCUCCAGUCCUAUUACUGA